AUGACAAUCAAAACCGAUCCAAAGAACUCGGGUUAUGUUGUCAAAUCAGGUGCAAUUGGCCCUUAUAAUGGACACGAGGAGGAGGAAGAGAAGCAUGAGGUAGCUGAAAACGCAUUGGAGUCGUUAGAGAAGAGAACUAAGGUAUCUAAAAGAGAGAUUGAAGUUAUGGCUGCGCUUGAUGAGAUGAAGUCUAUGAAGUCUAGAAGAGCUUCCGUGAGCGUAGACUCAAUGCUCGAGGCAUUGAAUAGAAGAAAAGAACAAGAAGAAGAGAACGUGGAGGAAGAAUUUCUUAUUAAGUCGAUAAAAUUUGGUAAGCGGUCUACGAUUGAUCAAGAGAAAAACGAUGAGGUUUUGGAUGAGAAAAAGAAGCCUAAGAAACGUGUCUGCGGUACAUCUACCGCUCAUAUCUCUUCGGUUCGCAUAGUCGCAAAGAAGACUGCAGAGCUACCACGGGAACUCGAAGCAUUGUGUCACAACUAUGGCACAAACAGCGACGAGGAGAAGUGA